AUGUCGUUAUCAUCGGAUGAGUAUCUUCUUGUGCAACUGAACGAUAUUUCAAUUGAGAUUAAUCGUUAUCUCUCAAUUUUUAUUUUUCUAUUUGGUGUUAUUGGUAAUAUACUUAAUAUUCUUGUUUUAUCACAACGUACACUUCGUUCUAAUUCAUGUGCUUGGCUUUUUCUUAUUUCAUCUAUUAGUAAUCUCAUUGCUAUUCUAUCUGAGAUUACUACACGAAUGUUAUCUAGUUGGGCAAUUGAUCCAACAGAUACAUUGGACUGGUUAUGUAAACUUCAUGGUUUUCUUACCUUUAAUGCUAGAACCAUUGCUUAUUGGUUAAUUACAUUAGCGACUAUUGACCGAUGGUUUUUAUCAAGUCUUAAUGUCAAUACUCGACAAUGGAGUACCUUAAGAAAUGCUCAACGCAGUACAAUAAUUAUUUUAAUUCUUUCAAGUCUUCUCUAUGUCGAUAUAUUCUAUUGUUAUGAAUCAAAUUUGAUUAAUGCUCCAUUGCCAUGUUACAGCAAAAAUACAUUUUGUCUUUUAAUUAUUGAUGUAUCAGCACUUGUUAUGUCAGUAUUACUUCCAAUACUAUUUAUGAUUAUAUUUGGUGUAAUGACUAUCUUAAAUAUUCGCCGCUCUAAACGUCGAGUACGUCCAGUACCUGUUUUCAUUAUUGGGAAUAAUACAAUUCAACAUAAAAUACCUCUUACUGGUAAACAAUACACUCAUCAUAAUACCAUACAGAAAAAGAAAACAGAUGGUCAACUUUUUAAAAUGCUUUUUAUUCAAGUUAUUCUUCUGACUUUAUUUACUCUUCCAUUGAUUCUUGAAAAAAUCUAUUCAAUAUUCAUUCGACCACAAAAAUCUCCAAUAGAAACUUCUAUCGAUACAAUUAUUUAUAACAUAGCUCUUUUACUUAACUAUUUAACGAAUGGAAUGCCAUUUUAUAUUUAUACAUUAUUUGGUGAAAGUAUUUUUCGAAAAGAACUUUUUCAUCUUUUGACACUAUUCAGACAAAAAUUUCAGUGUCAUCGAACGUUCAACUGA